AUGGCUUCUGAUAUGGAAGAAACAUUACCAUCGAAAUCAGCUCUCGACACCGCUGCACUAAUCCAUGAUGGGAGGUGGACGAGUCCAUUGGAGAGAUUCAGCUAUUCAAUCCAAUCUCUGGAGGCCAUAUCGAGUUUCCUUCUCUUUCCAAAUUCUCCUUACCUCAACUCAGCUACGAACUUGAUUUUCCAAGCAAUAAGCAUUACAUCCACAAGGCAACUCUAUCUUCAAACCCUUAUAAAAACAUCAGAAUAUGUUGUGGUAGCCGCUGUCACUAAUAGGUAUUACUUGGCUUACUGGAAGCCAGGGGCUGAUAAGUGGACUACUAUAACAUUUGAACUAGAACUAUGGAGCUCUUUUGAAGAUGUUAUAUUCUACAAGGGACUACUCUAUGCUGCUAGCAACCACGGACCUAUUGUAAGUUAUGACUUCAGUUCUGAACCGCCGAUCGGGAGGGAAAUCACUGGGCCACCACCAAAUGGAAGAAGAUGCAAUGUGUAUUAUUUGGUGGAAUCAUUAGGGGAACUAUUGCUAGUUUUAAGACACUAUAGGUGGCAUGGGGAUGACCAAGAAGAUGAUGAUGGCCUCAUCGUUUCCCCACCAUUCCCUUUCAAAACUAUCAAAUUCCAAGUUCACAAAUUGAAAAGCAUUGGUGACUGCAUUUUGUUUUGGGGAAAUAACUGCUCAGUUUCAGUCUCUGCUCAAGAAUAUCCAGAAUGCAAAGGGAACUCCAUCUAUUAUAAUGACGACUGGGAUUAUGGACCCGAUGAACUAGCAAGAUAUGGUUAUCAUGAUAUAGGGGUAUUCAACUUGGAGAGUCACCGAGUAGAAUCAUUUCUUGAGUCGUCCCCUUCUACUACUCCUACCUUUUGGAUUGCACCUGAACCUGUUGGAAGUGUGUCCAUCAACUUCAUAUUUAAAUUGUUUAAUAUUGAUUAA